AUGGAGCUCUUCGCAAAAGCUCCCGAAGCUUACAUUCUUGAAUUCGUCAAGAAAAUGGCUCCCUUGGUUAGAGACGCUCUCUCCACACUCUUGUCUUCUCGUAACGGGUCAGAUCCGGUUCGCGUCGCCGGUUUAGUUCUCGAUUUCCUCUGCGUCCCUUUGAUCGAUGUGGGAAACGAGUUUAACCUCCCUUCUCACGUCUUCCUCACGUUUAGCGCCAGAUUCUUGGGUUUGAUGAAAUAUCUCCCGGAGAGACACCGUAGAGUCAAAUCGGAGCUCCACUGGAGCUCCGGCGAGGAGGAAAACACGAUUCCUGGUUUCGCCAGCUCCGUUCCCACUAGAGUUUUGCCACCGGGUCUGUUCAACGGCGAACGUUACGAGGGUUGGGUCGAAUUGGCUGACAAAUAUCCUCAGGCGAAGGGUAUUUUGUGGGUCCGAUUCUCUGCUCCAACAAUCCUCCGAGGGAUCAUGAGAUGGCUCGACGAGCAAGCCGAGUCAUCUGUAGUGUUCCUUUGCUUCGGGAGCAUGAAGAAUCUUAGUGUUUCUCAAAUUAAAGAGAUUGCUCAAGCACUAGAGAUCGUCGGCUGUAGAUUCCUUUGGUCGAUUCGAACAGACCCGAAGGAUGACUCGUAUGAGAUUUUACCGGACGGGUUCAUGAACCGGGUCGUGGGUCAAGGCCUCGUUUGUGGUUGGGCUCCACAAGUUGAAAUUCUGGCCCAUAAAGCAAUCAAAGGGUUCGUGUCUCACUGCGGUUGGAACUCGAUAUUGGAGAGUUUGCGUUUCGGCGUUCCAAUCGUAACAUGGCCACUGUCCGCAGAACAGCAACUAAACGCGUUCACGAUGGUGACGGAACUCGGUUUGGCUUUGGAGAUGCGUUUGGAUUACGUGUUGGCACAUGGAGAAAUCGUGAAAGCUGAUGAAAUCGCUAAAGCCGUCCUAUCUUUGAUGGACGGUGAGGAUGUGCCGAGGAGGAAACUGAAGGAGAUAGCAGAAGCAGCAAAGGAGGCUGCGAUGGACGACGGAUCUUCGUUUGUUGCGGUUAAAAGAUUCAUCGAGAAAUUAUUGUCGGUUAUGGAUUAUUCUAACUCUAGAGAAAAUGUUGUCCACUGA